AUGCGCUUUCCCGCUGCACCAGCAAUAAGAGCUGCCAAAUUUGUGGUCAGCGCCAUCAUACGCUGUUGCAUUUCCCAGCGUUGGCUCAGGACCGAUCGUCAAGCCACACACCGCUGCAUCCGAUUCGGUCUGCCACGACGCACCCUGAUGCAUCCGCAGCUGGGGAGAACAUCCUAUUCAGCAACUUCGGCGAAUGGGGCCUCCCGAAAUGUGCUCCUUGCCACUGCUCGUAUUGCCGUACGAAACCCGGUCAACGGGCUACAAGCAGUCAUAAAUGCUCUCACCGAUCAAGGAUCUGAGGCAACCAUAGUUUUGGAACACGUCGUACAGUCCCUGCAUCUGAGACGGUGCAACACCUGGGCAUCGAUUUUUGGGGUGGGCCCAGGGGGCGGUCGUCGUUGCAACCUUAGCUUCAUACCGCAGCGUUUGAAUCAUAUUCGAGGGCUCCCCCUGGCAGAUCCCAACUACGCCCGGUCGAAGAGAAUCGAUCUCAUCUUAGGAGUGGACAUGUUGGCGCAAAUCAUGCUGCCAGACACCAGGAUCGGAUUACCCGGCGAGCCUAUAGCGCAGAAUACACGCUUCGGAUGGACCCUUUCGGAACGUGCGGAAGGAGUAAGAGAAGCAACACAAUUGCGCUGUCAUCGAGUGCAGCUGGAUACGGAGGCAUUGCUGAAGCGUUUUUGUGAGGUCGAGUCAGUUCCGGAUCGCCCUAUAGCGACGGAAGGGGACCUCUGGUGCGAGUCGUUUUUUCAGAAGACCCACGUGCGUCGACCGGAUGGCCGCUACGUGGUCAGGUUGCCUUUUAAAACCUAUCUCGAUCCGACCAUGGUCUUAGGAAAAUCCCAUCAGAUGGCGCUUAAUCGGUUUCUACAGAUGGAAAGGCGUCUGUCUAACAAUCCAGACCGUUGGAGCAAAUAUGUGGAUGAGAUUGAGGAAUACUUCGCGCUCGAGCAAAUAGCGCCGGCUAUGGACAGUGAAAGCAGCACAGUAAGGAGUACGGCCGCGAACAGGCAUGUAGCCUCUUGUGUACUUCCGCAUCACGCUGUCUUUAAAAAAGAAAUUCUGUCAACCAAACAGCGAAUCGUCUUCGAUGCCUCCUCAAGGACUAGCAAUGGAAUAUCCUUAAACGACAUUUUGUGGACUGGGCCUACUCUUCAAAACGACAUGUCUGCAGUCAUUCUCAACUGGCGGAAAUAUCGAUUUGUUUUUACGGCGGAUAUACAGAAAAUGUAUCGCUGUAUCGAUGUUCACCUGAAAGGCGCCAAAUAUCAGCGGAUUUUAUGGCGGGCGGCGGAUGGGUCCAUCACUGUGUAUGCGUUGACAACGCUAACCUUUGGAACGGCUUCGGCACCCUUCAUGGCGAUCAGAGUCAUUCAACAAUUAGCGAAGGAUGAGCAGUGUUCGUUUCCUAAGGCGGAAGAAGUAUUGAGGGACGAGAUCUAUGUGGACGACAUUCUUUCCGGAGGGCAUACGAUAGAAGAUGCGGAGGAUAAACGGGCCCAGGUCAAUUUUGAGAUACCACCUAGUUUCACCAAAAGGACGAUCCUGUCGAGCAUAGCGAGGCUGUUCGACCCACUAGGUUUCAUCGCGCCAGUCAUCAUCUCGGGAAAGUUAAUAUUGAAGGAGGUAACCAUGGCUAAGAAAACGCAGGACAACGGCGCUAUGACGGCUCUGGAUUGGGACGACGAGGUUCCUAAGCCUCUUGCGGAAAGGUGGCAAGCAUUUCGGGACGGCUUGCUAGGGGUCGACGGCCUGAGUAUACUGCGGUGGAUUCAUUAUUCCCCAGGAUCCAUAGAAUCAGCUCAGCUGCACGCGUUUUGUGACGGGUCUUCCACAUCCUACGCAGCUACUACUUAUCUAAGGCUCGACCACGGGGACGGAACGUGCUACGCCUCGCUGUUGGCCGCAAAAUCAAAGGUCAUCCCUACUAAACCCCUAACCAUACCAAGAACGGAGCUGAGUGGCGCAGUGCUAGCCGUCAAGUUGGUGAAAUGGCUUACAACGGCUAGAUGGCUAAAUGACCUUCCCAUCCAGACCUUUUAUUGUACGGAUGCCACGAUUCUUCUUCAUUGGCUGCACGGGGACGUCAAUAGAUGGAAGACGUUCGUCGCCAACAGGGUCUCCUUCAUUCUGGACCACUCGUCGCCAUCGCAAUGGAGACAUGUAGGUACUAGCGAGAAUCCAGCAGACUGUGCGACAAGAGGGCUUCCUCCGAGCGAGCUGAAGGACUUUGAUUUGUGGUGGCGAGGCCCGGAGUGGCUUACAUGCAAGCAAGGUGACUGGCCUUCGACGGAGAUCGGGCAGGUCGACAUAAACGAUGCCGCGCUGGAGGCAAAGGCGGACAAGGUACGCGUUCACCUCGCAGUUUCGCAACCAUCGUUGGUUGAGAAGUUUUCCAGUUUCAGCCAGGCGGUGAGAGUCACAGCAUUUAUACUUCGGUUCAAAAGCAAUGCUAUUAGCAAAGGAGAAAGGUAUACCGGUCCCCUAAGCAUUAAUGAGCUCGACUAUGCUUUACUCGCCAUCGUACGCAUCAUUCAAAGGGAGUCCUUCUCGUCUGAGCUAAGAUGA